AUGAAACAGCAAGAACUUACAAACAAGAACAAUGAAGCUUCCAUAAGAAAUAUAGAAAGGAAGAUUGGGCAGCUUUCCACACAAGCUGUGAUUGAAAGGCCAACAAGCUCACUCUCAAUUGACACCAUUCCAAAUCCUAAAGAAGAAUACAAAGCUAUACAGCUAAGGAGUGGAAAAACCUUAGUGAAUGACAAAAAACCAACUGAGAAUGAUGAAGCUAGCAGCAAGAAUGAUGCUACACUCAACAGGGAUGAUCAAGAGAAGCCUGAAGAGGGAGAGAAACAGCCACAAAUCUCAAGGAAAGGGAAACAAAUAAUGGAAAAAUCAUCUCAAGGACAUAAGCAAGUGGAGAAGAAUUUCACACCUCCAUUGCCAUACCCUCAAAGGUUCAACAAGGAAACCAAGGAUCAACACUUUCUCAAAUUCCUUGAAGUUUUCAAGAAAUUGAAAAUUAACAUCCCCCUGGCCGAAGCAUUAGAGCAGAUGCCUCUAUAUGCUAAAUUCUUGAAAGAACUUAUCAGUAAGAAGAGAAGCUGGCAUGAGAAGGAGACCAUUAUGCUCACACAAGAGUACGGUGCUGUAAUUCAAAUAGGUCUCCCACCAAAACUCAAAGAUCCUGGGAGCUUCUUCUUACUUUGCACCAUUGGCAAUAUGACAAAAAAGGGCAUUGUGUGA